AUGAUGCGAUCCACUGCUGUUGUUGGUGCUCUCUUUAGACAUUCGACUCUUGUUCGGGCUUCUCCUGUCUUUGCUCGCUCUUUUGCUACAACUUCUAUUGCCAAGGCCGAUUCUGUCACCGAUCUUUAUCUGAACUAUAUUCGUAGCUACAAGCCUACCGCUAUUCCCGAUCGUACUGAUCUUCCUCAGACUUUUUCUACACCCAAAGCACCCGCAAAGCCCGAGUUUGGAACCGAGUCUAUGGUUGCUGCUGCUGGUGAAGAAUCUCAAGAGGAAGAAAAAUGGCCUGCUCUCAAGAGUCCCAUUGAUGAUCCUGCCAAUUAUCCAGAUGCUUGGGAUUACAGUCAUGACACUGCCAGUGAUAGUCUGUUCCCAAAGCGUGUUCGUGCUUAUGACUUUAAUGCUCAUGAAGGUCACUAA